GUUUGCCACCAAAAAAACAAAGACUACAUAAAGAUAAACAUAUAAAAUCUUAUAUGAAUAUAGAUGAAUCUGACCAAGAGGAUCAAGAAUCAAAUUCAAAUAUAGGAACUGACAAUAAUAACAUAAUAGAAUCAAGGUUAACACCACCUUUACCUCUAAAUGAAGAGGAAUUAUCUAAUGAAGGAUUAUUAGCCAAUAAUGAAGAAUUUGAAGAACUUUUUUACAAUCAGCAAAUUUCACAAAAACCAGGUGAACUUCAAGGAAUUUCAAGUGAAUUUGAAGCUGCUACUUGGUUAGCUAAACACCCACAUGUACUUGAUUUAGCAUUUGAGAUGUAUAAUGCAAUGUCACGAACUUUGGAAAAUUCUCAAGAAUCUUUAUCAAAAUUAAAGUUUUCGUUGAGUGAUAGAAU